GUGUCAUUUGUCAAUGUCUAAACUCAAACGUCAAACUGUUAACUGCCUUUUUCAUGUUGACGGCUUUACGUGAGGAGCGUUUAGCUUUAUUUUUAUCAAAAUGUCGCUCGUAAUCCCGGAUAAGUUUCAACACAUUCUUCGUAUUAUGAAUACGAAUAUCGAUGGCAAACGUAAGGUUAUGUUUGCUAUGACUGCUAUCAAAGGAGUAGGCCGCAGAUACUCUAACAUUGUAUUGAAAAAGGCCGACAUCGAUUUGGACAAGCGUGCCGGAGAAUGUACCGAGGAAGAGGUAGAAAAAAUUAUUACCAUUAUGUCAAACCCCAGACAAUACAAGAUUCCUGACUGGUUCUUGAACAGACAAAAGGAUAUUGUUGAUGGUAAAUACAGUCAACUGACAUCUUCUAACUUGGACUCCAAACUUCGUGAAGAUUUGGAAAGGCUUAAGAAGAUUCGCGCCCACAGAGGUAUGCGUCACUACUGGGGUCUGCGUGUGCGCGGUCAACACACCAAGACCACCGGCAGACGAGGAAGAACUGUUGGUGUGUCUAAGAAGAAGUAAGAUGUAAAAUAAAUAAUCUACACAUUA